GUGGCGGACGGACUCGGGUGGAAGCGCUCUGGGCCCCGGACAGAACUCGCCACAGCGUCCGCCGUCGAGGCCGUUUCACAGCUGCGGUCCGGUCGCGGUUAUUGAAGGAAGAUGGCCCAGUGGUACCAGCUGCAGCAGUUGGAGUCCAAAUACUUGGAGCAAGUGGAUCAGCUGUAUGAUGACACAUUUCCCAUGGAGAUCCGUCAGUACCUCAGCCAGUGGAUCGAGAGUCAUGACUGGGAACUUGUGGCCAGUAAUGUUUCCCUUGCGACGGUGCGGUUCCAUGACCUCCUGGCCCAGCUGGACGACCAGUACAGCCGCUUUGCCCUGGAGAACAAUUUCCUGCUGCAGCACAACAUUCGCAAGAUCAAACGCAACUUACAGGACCACUUUCAGGAGGAUCCGAUGCACAUGGCCAUGAUCAUCUGCGGCUGCCUGAAGGAAGAGCAGAAGAUUCUGGCCAAUGCAAAGAAAACAGAGGACAACGUCGGCAGCACACAGAGCAGCACGGUGGUGGAGAAGCAGAAGGAGCUGGAUAAUAAAGUCAAAGACAUUAAGAACAGAGUGCAGGAAACAGAACAAAAGAUAAAAUCACUGGAAGAUCUCCAAGAUGAGCAUGACUUCAAGUACAAAUCUCUACAGAGCCGAGAACACGAAGCAAAUGGGACCACCCAGAAGGAGAUCAAACGCGAGGAGAUGCUCAUUCGGGAGAUGUUCAUCAAGCUCAACAUACAGAGAGAGGACGUGGUGCGGCAGAUGGCGGACGUGCUGAACAUGGCGGAGCAGAUCCAGUAUGCGCUGAUCACGGAGGAGCUGCCGGAGUGGAAGCGGCGUCAGCAGAUCGCCUGCAUCGGGGGCCCACCCAACGCCUGCCUGGACCAGCUUCAGACCUGGUUCACAGUGGUGGCGGAGAGUCUGCAGCAGGUGCGGCAGCAGCUGAAGAAGCUGCAGGAGUUGGAGCAGAAGUACACCUACGAGAACGACCCCAUCACACAGAAGAAGAACUUCCUGGAGGAUCGUGCACUUUCGCUUUUCCGGCACCUCGUCAUCAACUCCAUUGUGGUGGAGAGGCAGCCCUGUAUGCCAACACAUCCACAGAGACCCCUGGUGCUGAAGACAGGGGUGCAGUUCACUGUCAAACUCCGACUGCUGGUUAAACUCCAGGAAUUCAACUACCAGCUCAGGGUCAAAGCCUCUUUUGAUAAGGAUGUUCCUGAAAAGAACACACUGAAAGGUUUCCGUAAAUUCAACAUCCUGGGCACCAAUACAAAAGUCAUGAACAUGGAAGAGUCCAAUGGGAGCUUAGCAGCAGAGUUCCGCCAUCUGCAGCUGAAAGAACAGAAAGCAGCAGGCAACCGAACCAAUGAGGGCCCACUCAUUGUGACAGAGGAGCUGCACUCUAUCAGCUUUGAGACACAGCUCUGUCAGCCAGGACUUGUCAUCGACCUAGAGACCAGCUCACUCCCCCUGGUGGUCAUCUCCAAUGUCAGCCAGCUGCCCAGCGGCUGGGCCUCCAUCCUGUGGUACAACAUGCUGAGCAGUGAGCCCAAGAAUCUGUCGUUUUUCCUGAGCCCCCCCCAGGCUCGCUGGAGCCAGCUGUCGGAGGUGCUGAGCUGGCAGUUCUCCUCUGUCACCAAGCGGGGACUGAACGCAGAACAGCUGAGCAUGCUGGGAGACAAGCUCCUGGGUCGUGAGGCGGCUGGAAACCCUGAUGGUCUCAUCCCCUGGACCAAGUUUUGUAAGAACGUCAACGAGAAGAACUUCCCCUUCUGGCUGUGGAUAGAAGCCAUUCUGGAGCUCAUCAAGAGGCACCUGCUGGCCCUGUGGAAUGAUGGGUGCAUCAUGGGAUUUGUCAGUAAGGACCGCGAGCGGGCUCUGCUGAAGGACAAGAGUCCCGGAACCUUCCUACUGCGUUUCAGCGAGAGCAGCCGAGAAGGGGCCAUCACCUUCACCUGGGUGGAGCGCUCAGCCAAUGAUGAGCCCAUGUUCCAUGCCGUGGAGCCAUACACUAAGAAGGAGCUGACCGCUGUGUCCUUCCCCGACAUCAUCCGCAACUACAAGGUCAUGGCUGCUGAGAACAUUCCGGAAAACCCCCUGCGCUUCCUGUACCCAAACAUCCCCAAGGACAGUGCCUUUGGGAAGUACUACAGCCGGCCCGCAGAGCCCUCUGAGCCCAUGGAUGUGGAGAGUCCCAGCGGCCCUGGCUACAUAAAGACAGAGCUCAUCUCUGUGUCAGAAGUUCAUCCUUCCAGACUCCAGGACACCAUGUUGCCUUUGUCCCCCGAGGAUUUCGGAGCGCUCACAUGUUUCAUUAAUCCCGCGGAAAUCGACAAUGUGAUGUGUACGUUCCCAAACUAGCCAAAUUGCCCCAGACUGGGCCGAGAUUUGACCUAGAGGACCUGGAAAAUUUCCCAUCACUGAUAUCAAAGGAAUGAGUUUCACAGCUUUGUACCUGGAUUUUAUUCAGUUCAAGCACUUCCCUUGUCUGUGAUGUUCUGUAACGCUCUGUGAACUCACAUUCAUUACUGUACAGGUGGGGAAACUGCAGUGCACAUGUUCACUCGCCUAUUUAAGAAAAUGUGCAUUAUUUCUUUUAAAUACAUGAUUUUAAAUGUUUGAUGCAAUCUUUGUGUAUAGUAUGUUUGGAUGUGCUUCUUAUUUCUUUGAAGAAUAUGGCAUUGAUGUGUGUGGUUCUGUUGUACUGUAGACAGUGAACACAGAGUGUGACCAGAUGGACAAACCUCAUGUUCUUAUCUAAAAGAAACUUUCUUUAGCGCCUUAACAGCUGUGUUUAUGUGACACUGAACUAUAUCUCCAUGGCUUGUCCCAGUGCAUUCUGGGAAAUGUUGCAAUGAGAAUGCCCACAUUUUCAACACCUGGGGUUCUGGUGUCAUUCAACCUGUCAAUAAAGCAAUCAGACUCAACAAAACAGUCUGUGCAUACGUUUAUACAGAGCAUACUGGGGAAAACGGCAGCAGUUCUUAAGAUCAUCUCUCACAAGUUGGCCAUUCAUUUUCAGUUGUAUUUCUGAAUCGUUGUGACUGUAGAGGACUUGUUUUUGUAAACGUCAGAUGGAAAUGGACGGUGCUUUGGAAUCCCUGUACUAAAUGGAAUAAUAAAAACAGAAAGUGUUCAUAGUGAAGAAGAAACACAGGCCUCACACACACACA